AUCCGCCAUAAUAGAAAAGAAGAAGAAGAAGAAGAAGGAACCACAUUGACAGGCUUUUACCCGAUCGGUCUCUGACACCAGAUAUCGUAGUGUUGACUUGUGGUGGUAUUUUGCAUCUACCUUUAACAUAGAUACUAUACUUGAUUCUAGUGUGUAAACAUGUCGGCACGUAACCCUGGUACAAACCUCGAUUUGGAAAGAAUAUCCAAAGUAAUAGUGAAUACACAGGCCAUCCUGAAGAGGGCUCAGGGCAUUCAAGGACAGAAGGUCCCAAAGAAACAGUGGCAGACUGCCUGGCUACUGAAGGCUGUUACAUGUAUUGACUUGACAACUUUGGCUGGAGAUGAUACCCCCUCCAAUGUCCAUCGGCUCUGUCUUAAAGCCAUUCAGCCAGUUCGAUAUGACUUGCUCAAGAAGAUGGAUCUCCAUGACAAAGGAAUAACUACAGCAGCAGUAUGUGUAUACCCAUCUCGUGUGGCUGAUGCCAUCAAAUCACUGAAAGGAGCUAACUCUAAUCUACCCGUUGCCUCAGUUGCCACUGGAUUCCCUGCAGGCCAGACACCAUUGGAAAUACGACUGCAGGAAGUCCGCACGGCAGUGAGUCAUGGGGCUACAGAAAUUGACAUAGUCAUAAACAGGAUGCUUGCCCUUACAGGACAGUGGGAAGCUAUGUACAAUGAAAUUCGCCAAUUUCGAGAGGCUUGUGGCGAUGCUCACAUGAAAACCAUUCUGGCUAUUGGAGAGCUGGGGACAUUUACCACUGUCUACAAAGCCAGUUUGGUUGCCAUGAUGGCUGGUUCAGACUUCAUCAAGACUUCCACGGGAAAGGAGGCUGUCAAUGCGACUUACCCCAUUGCCAUAGUAAUGGUGAGAGCUAUCCGGGACUACUAUUUGUGGACUGGCCAAAAGGUGGGAUUUAAGCCAGCAGGAGGAAUCAGGACAGCACAGGAGUCUUUGGUGUGGUUGAAUCUGAUCAAACAGGAACUGGGCAAUGACUGGCUUUGCCCCCACCUGUUUCGCCUGGGAGCCAGCAGCCUUUUGGCUGACAUUGAGAGACAGAUCUACCAUCACGUCACUGGACAGUACGCAGCCUAUCAUGAGCUCCCCAUGGCCUGAGGUUGAAGUUUUCCUUUUUAGAAACCAAUACCCGCCACUAUUAAAUGAAAACAAGACUGAUCACGCCUGUCCGUAAAUCUGACAGGUACCUUUUCAGGAAUGAAUUAAUGAUAAUAAUAAUAAUAAGUGCUUUAGUGGUAAGAAAACAUACUGAUAGAUUUAUCCUGUUUCCAAUUGUUAAAUUUAAUUUCUGGCCCUCUGUAUCCUCUUAAAAAAUUAAGGAUGCUGAGUGACUCUUCCUACAUUUGAACUGAAAGUAAGAAAAAAUAGAUGUUAUUGUAUGACCUGUUGAACAAUUGUACACCCAAAAUAUUGUGGAAAUCAUAUCAAACUUUUACAAACUGCAAAAUCUGUAAUAGGCUAUUGUGGGUUUACUCAGGUAACAUAUUUUUAAAGGAAAACGAAAGAGAUAACAAAAUUUAGUUUUUAUCACUUGCACACAGGAACCUCUUGUGUUUUGUUUUCCAUGGUAGUUUUGAGCCCAGGGCAGAAAUGAACUUUCAUAACUGAAAAUAUGGUUCACUACAAUUCAACUCGCAAAUUAUUGAAUAAAACCCAUUCACAAUAAUGCCAAUUACAUGUUACCGACUGAACAACAUUAGAUGUUAGUAAUCAGUUUUGUUUUAUUAAUGACAGAAAAAAGUUUGUACAUAAUUUAGCAUUUUGAAUAAUUUGUCAGUUAUCUUUCAGUCACAUAUAGUUUAUGUUUGCACUUAUUCCAUCAUAGUCAUUGAUACCAUACAAUCUACAUUUAAAAUGUUUUUUAGAUAAAUAAUUAUUGUUGGUUUUGGUUGAUUUACAACUUUUGUUGAUUACAUUGCUAGGAAAUAAUUCUACAUUUGUUGAGCUAACAUUGAAAAACCAUUCCUUUGUAAUUGUGCCAUUGUUAAAUAAAGUUGAAAGC